UAACCACUCACCAUCAGGUGGGCCGUGUGCUCGUCUGCCUACAAGGGCAAUAAAAAAACAAAAAGAUAAAAAUUAAAUUAAUUCAAAUUUUAACCAUAACUUUCAACCCUUCAAUUACUAAUGUUUAGAUUUUUAACUAAAGCUGCGAAAUUUCCUUAUUGCAUUGACUCAUUUCAUAUAGGAUCAAAAUAUUAAAAAUAAAUCUGAAAUAAACAGCAUUUCGAGGGUAGUUAAAAAAAGCUUAAGAUCGACAGUUUACAAAUGCGUGGACAGCAUGGUGGGCUUUGGAUGUAAUUUUGUAUUUUAAGACUUUGCGGUUUGUACAUAUAUUUUAAAGUGCAAUAAUAAUAAUGGACUUCAAAAGUACAAAGUUUUUCCUGACAACUGCAGCCGCUGUGAUCGUCGCUUCACAGGUAGCCAAAAAGAUUUAUAAUUAUUUUUUCAACGAAAAGGCAAAAUCGUCUCCUGAAUUCAACAUCAACGACUCUUGCGAAUUGCUAACUAACAGAAGUCGUGAAAUAAACGAUGUCAUCUUAUUUUCGGACGAUGUUAUUCGUCAUACCAUCAGAGUACCACCAAACAAAGAAAUAACCAUAUGUGAAAGUCGUGAAUUAAAUUGUUUCAAGUUGAUUAAAUACAUAAAGUCGGCGAGAGAAACGCUAGACGUUUGUAUGUAUCUUAUCACGAGCAACGAAAUUGCUGAGCAGAUUAUACGACUGGGACAAAAACACAUUUUGGUGAGAAUAGUCGUUGAUAGCGACAUGGCUUACACCCCGCCGUCACAAAUUAAGAAGCUGAAAGAAUAUAGUUUCAUCCAAAUACAAACAAGCAAGAAAUCAAUACUAAUGCAUCACAAAUUCUGCAUCAUUGAUGGGCCUAAGGCUAUUAAACGCAAAAACACCUUAAAGACCUAUGCUGAAAAGUUGAAUGUGUAUUCUCAAUGCAAUAAAAGUGCAAGACAAACAACGAAAUAUAAAACUGUUAAAGGUUUCGUUAUGUCCGGUUCAUUGAAUUGGUCCACCCAUGCCAUGGUAUCUAAUCAUGAGAGUGUAAUAGUUACUUCACAUCCAAAUAUUGUUGGUAAAUUUGAAAAGGAAUUUGAGAGCCUAUGGAUUGAAAAUGAUCCGGCCAUUUUGACAUCAACAUGCUAAAGGUAGAAAUUAUUUACACCCAAAAGACUCAGUCACAUUUUAGCGUAGGUGA